AUGAAUACGAUUUUGGACACCUCCAUGUUUUGGGGAAAAUUUUUGUAUUAUUUUUUAGAAUCUUUAGUUUACAGGAUAAUUCCCAAGAAGAAAAAGAAUGUUGCUGGAGAGAUUGUCCUUAUAACAGGAGCUGGAAGUGGACUUGGGAGGUUAUUGGCCAUAACAUUUGCCAGCCUUGGAGCCAUUUUAGUUCUAUGGGACAUUAACGAAGAAGGCAACGUGGAAACGUGUCCAAUGAUCAAAGAAAAGGGAGAUGUGAAAGUAUUUGCCUACACGUGUAACCGUGGCAACAGGCAAGACGUCUACAGAGCUGCUGAUCAGGUUAAGCUGAUUGACUUUAAGGCCUUCCUUCCUGCCAUGCUUAAAGCUAACCAUGGUCACUUAGUCUGUAUUUCAAGUAUAGCAGGAGUAGUUGGUAUCAAUGGACUAUCAGAUUAUUGUGCAAGCAAAUUUGCAGCUUUUGGCUUUUCAGAAUCUCUCUACCUUGAAUUAAGACUACUACAAAAAAGUAACGUUAAAGCCACCAUUGUUUGCCCAUAUUUUAUCAACACUGGAAUGUUUGAUGGCUGUACAACCAAGGAUCCACUUCUGCUGCCUAUACUGGGGCAGGAGUAUGUUGCCCAAAAAGUUUUAAAUGCUAUUUUAGAGGAACAGAUUUACUUGAUAAGGCCCACAUUUUUGCAUGUUGUGCUGCUCCUUAAACAAAUAAUAUCUCCAGACAUGAUGAUCACCCUUGCCGACAUUGGAAUGGAUACUUCCGUGGCUUCGUUGACGGGUCAAGAGAAAGCAGGUGAAGUUCAGACUGAAAACGAGAGGAAGCACCUAUAG